AUGGCAUCGUUAGCCAACCUCUUAGUGUCGCUUCUCUUGAUUGCAAUCUUCUCUCCUACACCCAUACUAUGCUAUCUUAAUCAAGCUUCUGUAAGGGUACAACAGGGUGCUACCAACACCUCUGCCUACCACACUUACAUCGUGCUCGUUGAGCCACCACCCUUUAAUGCCGAUGAAGACAUGUACCAUCAUUGUUAUGAGUCCUUUUUGCCCAGUUCGCGUGAUGGCGACUCGGGCAAGGCACGUCUUGUGCACUCUUACACCAAGGUGUUUAGCGGCUUCGCCACAAUGCUCACUGAUGGGGAGCUUGAUGCAGUUGCCAAGAAACCGGGGUUCGUGCGGGCAUUCAAGGAGAAGACACGGUACCUCAUGACCACGCGCACACCAAAGUUCCUUGGGUUGAGGAACAGCACCGGGUUUUGGAGGGACGCUAGCUACGGUAAGGGGGUCAUUGUUGGCUUGCUCGAUACCGGCAUCUAUGCAAAACACGGUUCAUUCGAUGAUCGCGACAUCCCGUCGCCCCCGGCAAGGUGGAAGGGCUCGUGCAAGGCGACCCGGUGCAACAACAAGCUCAUCGGUGCCAAGUCAUUCGUUAAACACGAAGACACUGACGAUGAAGACGGGCAUGGCACACACACCUCAUCCACGGCGGCUGGUAACUUCAUCAUCAACGCGUCAUAUCAUGGCAUGGCAGCGGGCACCGCAUCUGGGGUUGCUCCCGGUGCCCAUAUCGCCAUGUACAAGGUGUGCAAUAGUGUGGGUUGUUAUGAGUCUGACAUAUUAGCUGGCCUCGACGCGGCAAUCAAGGAUGGGGUGGACGUGCUCUCAAUCUCCAUUGGCCUCGGUGACAAGUUCGAUAAGGACCCCAUCGCGAUCGGCUUAUUCAGUGCCAUGUCAAAGGGUAUUGUUGUGGUUUGCAGUGGUGGUAAUGACGGAGCCGAGCCACAUUCAAUCAAAAACGAUGCACCAUGGUUGAUCACAGUCGCUGCCGGCUCGGUGGAUCGAAGUUUUGAUGUUGGCGUCAAUCUCGGCAACGGCAUGAGCCUUCACGGUGAAGCGCUUAACCAGGUGGCAAAGCCGAUGUCAAAGAUGUAUCCACUCCUCUACUCCGAGGCACAGCGGGACUGUAACUACAUGCUUAACCAUGUUGUCGCCCAGAAGAUCGUGGUCUGUGACUCGGAGGCUCCUUGGUUCGUCGAUUCCAUACUGCAAGCCGGCGCGGCCGGUGUAGUGCUCGUCAACAAGGCAUCCGAUGGCUACACGGUUACUCUUGAUGACGACAACUCCGGUGUGGUGCAAAUGAGCGCCGUCCUCAGAGCUUACGCGGCAUCAUCAUCAAGCAGAUGGGCACGCGCGAGCUUCUCGUACCACAAUACAUUCCUUGGCUAUCGUCCGGCCCCUGUAGUGGCGUCGUUCUCUUCUCGAGGUCCAAGCAAGCAUUUCCCCGGCGUGCUCAAACCAGACAUAUUGGCGCCGGGGCUCAACAUCCUCGCUGCUUCUCCGUGGACGGAGUCCAAAAUAGGCCCUUUCAACAUAUUAUCCGGCACAUCCAUGGCAGCGCCACACAUCAGUGGUGUUGCAGCACUUAUCAAGGGCUUGCAUCCCGAUUGGUCCCCGGCGGCCGUCAAGUCGGCCAUGAUGACGACGGCGUACGUUGUUAAUAGCACCGGCGGCUCGGUCUUGGACGAGAAGCACGGGAAAGCGGACGCGUACGCGAUGGGCGUGGGCCAUGUGAAUCCAACAAGAGCCGCUGACCCUGGCUUGGUGUACGACCUGGGUGUCAUCGACUAUGCUGGCUACAUCUGCUGGCUCCUCGGUGAUAGAGGCCUGGCAACCAUCGUGCGUAACAAGAGCUUGACCUGCGCAAAGCUACCAAAGGUCAGAGAUGUUGAGCUCAACUACCCAACUAUAACUGUGCCACUGAAGCCGACUGCCUUGAUGGUGAAUCGGACGGUGACGAACGUCGGGCCGCCAUCAUCGACAUACGUUGCGAAGCUGGACAUGCCCAAGUCACUUACAGCACGCGUCACCCCGAACAAGCUGGUGUUCUCGAAGGCCGGGGAGAAGAAGACAUUCAGCGUGUCAGUGAGUGGCAAGGGCGUUCAUGGACAAAAACAUGUGGAGGGAAGCUUGAGCUGGGUGUCCACGCGACAUGUUGUGAGGAGCCCCAUCAUCGCUGUUCCUAAUCUUCCCGAAUCUCCACCGUCUCAAGAGAGUUUUUAG